CAGUAUUGCGUUAAAUAUUUAUUACAUUUAACGCAGCAGCAAUCAAAAUGGGAUGCAGUGUCAGUGCUAUUGAAAAUGCGCUGGUGGCAAAGAAUGGGAAGAUCAACUCUAUCAAGGACAAAUGUGACACUCUGAGGGCGCCCAUGGACAAUGGAAACGCCAAGUUUGAUCCCCGAUUUCCGCUUACUGUCCGGCAGAAAUUUAGCAUUAUAAAGUCGUGGAAGGGAAUCUCAAGAAACAUCGAGGAAACGGGGAUUCUUAUGUUCUUGAGAAUGUUCGAAACCAACGAAGAAAUACGGACCAUGUUUGCUAAAAUAGUAAGCCACGAUGUAUAUGAUGCAUCACAAAUCCGAGAAAGCAAGGGACUUGAGAACCAUGUAAAACAAGUAAUGUACACCUUAGACGAAGCUAUUUCAUCCAUAGAAGAUGUUGACGACACCAUAAACUUGCUUCAAAGCGUCGGACGAUCUCACCGACGUCUAAAAACGUCCGGCUUUGACCCAUCAAUCUUUUGGAAAAUCGAGGAGCCAUUUCUGACGGCAGUUAAGGAAACCCUAGGGGACAGGUACACCGCCAAUAUGGAGCACAUCUAUGGAAAGACGAUCAAAUUCAUAUUGGAAACUCUGAUCCGGGGAUUCAAUGAGGACUGAAAGACAUACUAUUUAGAUGAAGGUUUACAACUUCCACAAAAAAUGUCAGUACGUUUCACAUGAGAAUGUGGAAGGCGUGACUGCAUUCUUGUGAUCGUGAUCAGGUAUCAUUGUUUGAAAAACACGAUAUUCCACAAUGUGUUAGAGGCAAGUGUUACUAUGAAUACUUGUAUAACAAGUAUAUGUACACUGUUGUUGAAAAAGUCCGAUGGACAGAAGUGAAGCUCGAUCCGGUUAAUCAUUAUUGUUAAGAUUGCACACUUCUUAUCGCCAUGACUGACAAAUUAUGUCAUAGCGGUUUUGUUCUUCGACGGUGUUCAACAAUUGGCAUGUAGUUGCCCAAGCCAUGGCGACACUUCCAGUUGCUACAUCGAUGAUUGGGGAUGCUGUGACAGAUUUCCCCAGUACAACUUAUGGGUAACAAAUCGGAAAUAGACACCUUUCGAAAACGACUUCUUAACAUAUUUUUUUUUCCAAAACAGAUAAUGAACAGAGCAAACAAUAAAAACUAAAGAAACUAUCAGGAGAGAUGUGUAUGUGCUUAGCCAUUGUUUUAAUGACAGAAAACCAAGUAUAAGCAUUUAAUGCUUUAAACUUGGAUCACCAACACGGUCAACGCAAAGUAUCAGGGGUUCAAAUUUGUUUAAGGGAUAGCCGAACCUCACAUUUUCUACAAGAUUAAUCCCGAACCGAACGCGCGUCAAAAACGAUCUCAUUCAACUGUGCCUAUGCAUACAGUAAAUGAGAUCAUGAAUGCCAAAACCUGACGCAUGACUUGAAAACUACACCCACUAUUUUAUUGCAAUAAUGUCGGUUGUAAUGAAAAUCUAUUAGAACGAUAAGGGCAUAUGUUAUAAAGUGAUUAGUGUACAAAAAUAGGGUCCAUCUAUAAAAGAUAAUUAACUAUCGAGUUAGCAAUGUAUCAAACGAAAAUUGACAAACGAACUAGGUGUAAGAAAGAUAUUAAAUAUGUUUCAUAUAUGUAACACAAACUAGCUUCGUGCCCAAAAUGCCCUAUUAACUAGUGGAUUGAGAGAAGAGCAUUUAAAAUUAAAUAUAUUACGCUUGACACAGCAUGAGUUAGUUCGAUGUCCUCCACAUGCGAUCACAGGUGGUAAAUUAAUUAUGAAGUUCUGGCUGUUCAAAUCGAUGUACCCUGUUUUCGGGUGAUUUUGAAUUGGAUACCUAGUUAUAUAUAUUUGAUAGUGAAAAAAAUAUUUUUUAAACAAGUUGAUUUUUUUGUUAUAAUUUGAUUUUUUAUCAUUCAAAAUUAUGUUUUCACUAAUUAAUAUCAUAGCCACACGCUAACCACCUGUGCAUGCGAUGAAAUAUUAAACGACUCAUACGUUUACAUCUAGGAACUGUUUGCAUGACUAAGACAACACGAUUUAUUUUAAGCUUGCUAAUUUUAAGAUAUCAAAACCAUUUUAAUCGAGAAAGCAAAACAAAAACUUAAGUUACAGAAGUAAAGGAAACAGGGCAUAAACGAAGUAUUUUUGCGAAAUGUCAUCUUGGUGCCGGUUUUGAUCGUUACGUUUAAGAAAAAUCGAUGUUAUCACUCGCAAUUAGGAAUUUCGCAUGUGUCUGAAAGCAUAUGUAUUGGAUAUUUAAUGCCCGCUUAUAUAUAUUGAACGCAAAAAUAAGUAUUUUAGAUUAAAUUCAUAUUACACAUGUACGAGUAUACAAAUGAAUGUGCUAUCAUUGAUUUUCUCUCCUGUACGAUCGUUCGAAUGCAAAGUUAUCAUAACCUUGUUUGAUCUAUGUGAUUUUACAUA